AUGCUCAGAUAUAAUGAUGCUCGUUUGUACAGACGAAAAGAUAUACUGACACGAUAUACUGAUUCUGUCUUCUGUCACUCUCUGCCAUUCAGUUUGAGUGUGUCACAACGACACACUCAAGUUGACAGUAUGUCACAACGACACACUCAAGCUGACAGUAUGUCACAACGACACACUCAAGCUGACAGUAUAUCACAACGACACACUCAAGCUGACAGUAUGCCACAACGACGCACUCAAACUGACAGUAUGCCACGACACACUCAAACUGACAGUAUGCCACGACGACACACUCAAACUGACAGUAUGCCACGACACACUCAAACUGACAGUAUGCCACGACACACUCAAACUGACAGUAUGCCACGACGCACUCAAACUGACAGUAUGCCACGACACACUCAAACUGACAGUAUGCCACGACACACUCAAACUGACAGUAUGCCACGACACACUCAAACUGACAGUAUGCCACGACACACUCAAACUGACAGUAUGCCACGACGACACACUCAAACUGACAGUAUGCCACGACACACUCAAACUGACAGUAUGCCACGACACACUCAAACUGACAGUAUGCCACGACGCACUCAAACUGACAGUAUGCCACGACACACUCAAACUGACAGUAUGCCACGACACACUCAAACUGACAGUAUGCCACGACACACUCAAACUGACAGUAUGCCACGACACACUCAAACUGACAGUAUGCCACGACACACUCAAACUGACAGUAUGCCACGACACACUCAAACUGACAGUAUGCCACGACACACUCAAACUGACAGUAUGCCACGACACACUCAAACUGACAGUAUGUCACAACGACACACUCAAGUUGACAGUAUGUCACAACGACACACUCAAACUGACAGUAUGCCACGACACACUCAAACUGACAGUAUGCCACGACACACUCAAACUGACAGUAUGCCACGACACACUCAAACUGACAGUAUGCCACGACACACUCAAACUGACAGUAUGCCACGACACACUCAAACUGACAGUAUAUCACAACGACGCACUCAAACUGACAGUAUGCCACGACACACUCAAACUGACAGUAUGCCACGACACACUCAAACUGACAGUAUGCCACGACACGCUCAAACUGACAGUAUAUCACAACGACGCACUCAAACUGACAGUAUGCCACGACACACUCAAACUGACAGUAUGCCACGACACACUCAAACUGACAGUAUGCCACGACACACUCAAACUGACAGUAUGCCACGACACACUCAAACUGACAGUAUGCCACGACACACUUAA